GAAGCAUCGCGAGAAUUGCUCCGGCCCGCGCGGCGGUAGCGGCGGAGGCUCCGUGGCGCCUCCCGAAGGUGUCGCCGGACUCUGCUGCCUCGCCGCCGCUGCGGCAAUGGCGGCUCCGCUGGCGUCGCCCGGCCUCCGCAGUCGCUUCGAGCAGGAGCAGGAUCGGGCUGUCCGCGCGCUGGUGCGCAGCGUGACCGGCUUGCCGGAGGAGGAGCCGGGCGGCGGCCCGUUCCAGACGGCGCUGAAUUUCGCUUGGUCCAACUUCAGAUUUCACCGUUUUCUUGAUGUGAACAGUCACAAAGUGAAGAGGACAAUAGAAGGAAUACAUGAGAAAUUGAUAGUUCAUUCUGACCUUGGAAAAGCUGCAAGCUGGAAAAGACUGACAGAAAAAUUUCUGAACUCGCCACUUCCCGGUGUUGAAGAAACAAAGACAGAUACCCACUACUCCAUACUGUCUCUUCUGUUGUGUUUGUCUGAUUCUCCGUCCAACACCACCUAUGUGGAGAAACCGAGAGACAAAGAAGUGGAUUCCUUUUUGAAUGAUCUCUGCACAUUCCCUCGGCGGUGUUUUGAAUGCACUUUCAGCCCAUUCCAGGAAUGUGAAUAUGAAGAGGUUAUCUCAAACAACACUAAUUACAAAAAGGAAGAAGAAUUUGAUUGGGGAAAGUAUUUGAUGGAAGGAGAAGAAAUUUACUUUGGCCCCGGUGUAGAAACACCAGAUUGGUCUGAAGAAAGUGAAGAGGAGGAAGAUACUCAGCCUUUGAGCAGGGAGGAUUCAGGUAUUCAAGUGGACAGGACACCUUUAGAAGACCAAGAUCCAAAUAAAAAAGCAGUACCUAAUGCUUCCUGGAAAGUUGGUGAACCUGAUGCUCACAGCUGGCUGGAGCAGCAUGUAGUUCCUCAAUACUGGACAGGAAGAGCUCCUCGCUUUUCUCAUAGUUUGCACUUGCAUUCCAACCUGGCUGCAGUCUGGGACCACCAUUUAUAUACCAGUGAUGCUUUGUAUGUGCCAGAAGAAAGAACUCUAGUCACUGAAACUCAGGUUAUACGGGAAACUCUUUGGCUACUUUCAGGAGUGAAAAAGCUUUUUAUAUUUCAUCUGAAUGAUGGAAAAGUGGCUGUGCGGAAUGAUAUAAUUGUAACUCAUUUAACCCAUAAUUGCCUGAGAUCUGUGUUGGAACAGAUAGCGGCAUAUGGUCAAGUUGUGUUUAGACUACAGAAGUUUAUUGAUGAAGUGAUGGGUCACAGUCCAGAAAGCAUAAUACAUGGAACAGUUUCCACUCCAAAGAAAACUACCGAAGCCCCAUUCAGAACCUACCAAGCUUUUAUGUGGGCCUUGUAUAAAUAUUUCAUUAGCUUUAAAGAAGAACUUACUGAAAUUGAAAAAUGCAUAAUCAACAAAGAUAAAACAGUCACACUUUCAAUAGUAAUAGAUAAAUUGUCUCCCCGACUGGCACAGCUGAAGGUGCUUCACAAAGUUUUCAGCACAGGAGUAGCAGAAGUGCCACCUGACACUAGAAAUGUUGUGCGAGCAUCUCAUCUGCUUAAUACUCUCUACAAAGCAAUUCUUGAAUAUGACAGUGUUGGAGAAGCAUCUGAGCAAACGGUAUCUCUUCUGUUCUCUCUCUGGGUUGAAACUGUGAGGCCAUACUUACAGACAGUGGAUGAGUGGAUAGUCCACGGUAAUUUGUUUGAUCCUGCAAAGGAAUUUAUCAUUCAGAGAAACAAAAACGUUCCAGUUAAUCACAGAGACUUUUGGUAUGCUACCUACACGUUGUAUAGUGUGUCAGAGAAGACAGAGAAUGAGGAGAAGAUGAGUGAUAAUGCCAGUGCCAGUUCUGGGAGUGAUCAGGCCCCUUCAAGUGGGCAACACACCAUGGUCUCUUUCCUGAAACCUGUGCUGAAGCAAAUCAUCAUGGCUGGAAAAUCCAUGCAGCUGUUGAAGAAUCUUCAAUGCAAAGACAGCUCUCCAGAGCAGGCCGCAUCAAGAGAUGCUGAACGAAAGAGUUUGUAUACACUCUUCUUGGAAUCGGUGCAGUCCCGCCUGCGGCAUGGGGAAGAGUCUGUUCCAGACAUUAUUACAGAACAGCAGGCCACAAAGCAGAGCCUGAUAAAGAUGCAGUCUAUAGCAGAAAGACACUUGGAACUGGAUGAUGUCCAUGACCCACUGCUGGCUAUUAAUUUUGCCAGAUUGUAUUUAGAACAGAGUGACUUUCAUGAGAAGUUUACUGGUGGAGAUGUUUGUGUGGAUAGAUCCUCAGAAUCCGUGACCUGCCAGACUUUUGAACUGACAUUGAGGUCUUGCCUUUAUCCACACAUAGACAAGCAAUACUUGGAAUGCUGUGGUAACCUAAUGCAAACUUUAAAGAAGGAUUAUAGGCUUGUAGAAUAUUUGCAGGCAAUGAGAAACUUUUUCUUACUUGAAGCUGGAGAUACCAUGUAUGACUUCUAUACAUCUAUUUUUGACAAAAUUAGAGAAAAGGAAGCUUGGCAGAAUGUUUCUUUCUUGAACGUUCAGCUUCAAGAAGCAGUUGGGCAACGCUAUCCAGAGGAUAGUUCAAGGUUGUCUAUAUCAUUUGAAGCUGUUGAUACAACAAAGAAGAAACUCCCUGUUCAGACCUUAGAUGGCUUGACACUGAGUUACAAGGUUCCUUGGCCUGUGGAUAUAGUUAUAAGCUUAGAGUGCCAAAAAAUUUACAAUCAAGUUUUUCUGCUCUUACUGCAAAUAAAAUGGGCCAAGUAUAGUCUAGAUGUUCUACGAUUUGAUGAACUAGUCUGCGCUGCAGAAAAUCCACAGGUUAAGGAAGGACCUUCACUAGAACAAGGAAUGCCUACUGUAUUUGGACCGCAAACAGAAAGUAUAAAACAACAGAUACAUCGCAUGUUCCUCUUAAGAGUGAAACUUAUGCAUUUUGUUAACAGCCUGCACAACUACAUCAUGACAAGGAUUCUUCACAGUACAGGCUUGGAGUUUCAGCAUCAGGUAGAAGAAGCCAAAGAUUUAGAUCAAUUGAUAAAGAUUCAUUACAGAUAUCUGUCUACAAUUCAUGACCGCUGCCUCCUGAGAGAAAAGGUGAGCUUUGUGAAAGAAGCUAUAAUGAAAGUGUUAAAUUUAGUGCUGAUGUUUACAGACCGUUGGCAGGCUGGUUUGGGGGCUUGGAAGAUGGAAUCCAUAGAGAAGAUGGAAUCUGAUUUUAAAAACUGCCACAUGUUCCUUGUAACUGUUCUCAACAAAGCUGUCUGUCGAGGCUCUUUUCCUCACUUGGAAUCUUUAGCUUUGUCACUGAUGGCCGGCAUGGAACAAAGUUAACACCUGAGUCCAUUGAAUUAUUGAAGAACUGAAAGGAGCAUUUAUGUGGAAACUCACUUAUUAAAAAACUGUAAGCAUUUUACACUCCAGUUUAAAUGUAUAUAGGUAAAUGAUUCUGAUAGUUUGGAACUGUGUAAAAUAUUUUAAAAUGUAAAUAAUGUACAGAUAUUGAAAUAUAUUGAUUGUUUUGGCAGCAUUUUUCUCUAUAUGUAUAUGGCUCAACAUCAAAAAACAUGUACAGUUUGAAAUUCAUUCUGUGUAAGCAAUCUUACUUGUAAAUGCAUAAAAUUAAUUUUAUGCUGUAAAAACACUCAAUUUUGUUUAAUGAUUACUAAUUUACAUUUUUCAGUGUGGUGUGGUUCCGGUCUUAAUCAAAAUGUGAGUUAUUUUUUAAUGUUUUUUUCCUUUGCAAGAAAAGGCUAGGAAAUAGGAAAUAUUCAUCUGAUUUCCUUAAUGAUUCUUAAGGACUCUUUGGGACCAGUUAUGACUGUUACAAUCAGCUAAUGUAAAAAAUACAAAAUUAACUUCUCAAAAUGGAUGAUUUCAGACCAUAAACCUCAAGUGAUUUUAAUGUUAAACUCUCAAUUAUCUACUAAUUUUAGUAGUAACUAAUGUCAGGUUAAGUAGGAUCAAGAUGACAUUAUCUAAUAUUAAACUAUUGGAUGGUUGAGAUGCUUCAAAGUUGAUCAGAUAGGGCUUGAUCCUUCUUGUAAGCCGUUUGCAAGCAAACCUUACAUCUCAUGCUUUUGUGAAGUGGUAGAUUGUAAUACAGAAAGGUAUGUUUUUGGAGAAAUAAACAUGAAAUAUGUUCUGCACAAGAUGGCCUGCUUUGUCUUUUCCCCAAGAAAAUUUCUCUGGAAUUCUGGCAUCACAAUUUAAAAGGAGAAAACCUAUCACAGAUGUUUACCUAUUUAUUUAGUUGGAUAAAUAAAAGAUUUAGUAAGUGUA